AUGGCAAGCGCCGAGCUUGUCAUCGCCAUCGUAUCGCUCGUCAUCGCCGUCAUCGCUUUCUGGAUUGCCACCGCUCAAGCACUGCAACACGGCUGGGGGCUACCGAGAAGAACUUUCGAGCCAUCGGAACUGCGCUUUGUGGUAACUUAUGCGACUCCAGUCUUGUUUGUUGCACCCCCAGCGAAUACGAGAGGCCCCUUAUCCGACAAGGCUGUUCACAAGCUGGAAGGAACGCAAGAAAGUAGAUCGAACACAUUGACGAUAGUACGUGCCUCGAAGGUUAUCGAGAAGAAGCCGUCGGUGUUCCACCGCGUGGGUCCGACGAACGAUGCCCUGGCCAGUUGGGUUACGCUCCUCCAUGUGCUCCAAGACAAUGAGAAGCAUGGGAGGAGGUGGGACGCCGACAUGCGAAUGAAAACACCAGCCGGACUUACAAACCAUGGGCCCGAGUACACAAUGUGUGUGCAGAUCCAAAAGCUGGAUCGCAACUGGGAUUUCAUACCCGAUUCCAUCACCAAGCCAUAUGCUACCACAUCUCUAGUACGCGUGGCCGAAAUUGCUGUGAUACAGGGCAUGUCAUGGAGAAUUUUUGAGCCUGACACUGGCGACCUUUCCGCAGAGAGCGAAAACAUCACUUGCAGUGGGUUCUUAGUCCCAAGAGCCGGCAUCGUUGUGAUUUUCACAGUGACUGGGAAAAUUACCCAAGUGGCAAACCCAUCACAACGCACCAUUCCUGAUAUUCGUGCCAAGCAACUCAUCUUUGGCUCCGUCCUUAGCAUUUUUGACACUAAGAGCAGAUCUGGUCUGGACAUACCUCUUUUGAACUUUGGCGAUGAACAAGCUCUGCGAGAGACCCUCAACGGCUUCGCUUUCUCCAAAGAAGAGUCUGAUAGUUAUCUUGCCUACGAACCAAGAUCCCGUGCUAUCAACUUUGAGGUGAUCUCGAUGAUGGGCCAGGUGUUCCGCAUCCGCGGCAGCAGCUUCAAGAUGCUACCGAACCCUAACACCGGACCCUGGGUCGACACGUUCGACGCCUGCGACUUGGUACAACAAUUCCAGAGAUCUCUUCUCAUUGCGAAAUUGGAAGACCAAUGUACCCCGGCCUUACACAUCCAGGCAUUGUGGACUGAACUUCUCGCACCUGUGUGGAAGAAACGCGAGGAAGACAUCGACAUUGUCAUGCGCGAUGCAGUUCACGACGCGAUCGACGAGUGCGACAAGUUCCUUCACAUUGACGACGAGAUCUCGCGUGUGGUCGUUGGUAUCCAUAUGCAAUGUCUUCAAGAACAGCUAGAAGGAAAUUCGCGCUCUUCGUUGGAUGAUUUGCGGCGGGAGACGACGGCAGGGAUGCUGGAUGUCUAUAAGCAACGCUUGGAGCACUCGAUGUCGAAUUGA